GUAGAAAUGAGAAAUGAGAAAUAAGGGAAACUAAAACGCGACUCGCUCCUUUUUCAAUAAUUCAAGUUCUAACCACUUCAGCUACUUACUACUACACUACAAGUUGUUGGUAGAACUACAUACUAGAAGAACCAGAUCAACUAGAACAGCUAGAACAAACACGUGUAUCUGGAGAGUUGGUUAACGUCAAAUUAUCUGAUGUGCGUCUAACGUACUGACACACUUACCUACUCACAAGCUAUUCACAAGAUAUUCGAACAUCCCAAUCAACCUCUCACCUCACCUUGUUUCGCCAAUCUCGUAUUUUGUCCAUGAAGAAUACUAUGCAAGUGAGAAGUGAGAAGUGAGAAGAAGGGCAUUGUUGGAUAUUAGGGACCUUUAGAUCAUCUAUCGAGCUGGCAGACUUGAGCAGACUAAAACACACUCAAGCCUGUAACGGAAACGUCGCUUCGUCUACCCUCCACCCCCCAUCCAUCAAUAUUCGACAUCCAGUGUCGAAUUACUCAAGUAACAAGUACCAUGUCCACUCCGGAUCAUGAUGACUCUGUUUCUCCUAUGACACAGAGUCCUCGUAAUUCGUCUUCUGUGCAUACACGACGCAACCCAUCAUCCUCCGCCCUCGAUCCCGCGAAUAAUCAGUUGCCCGCCCAUGACCUUCCCCUCCGUAAUAAUCCACCGACCAAUUCCUUCACGAGAUCCGACCCUGAACAGGCUGCCGAUUAUCUAUCAGCUGGCCUACCAUACGACAGUACCUCUCCUCUCAACAAUGGUGCGACUCCUACGUCUUUAAACCCUUCUGUAGCUGUACGAUCCCCAUCCCCCUUACGGAAUUCCGUGGUCCACGUAUCAGACAGGGAUGCCGCCGCCCUGGGGGAACCCCCCGCCUCGCCCGGUCGACGCAGCGUACAGUUUGCUCGUGCUGACGCCGUAGUUGACCCUGCACGCCAACAUGAUAGGCAUGGAUCAUGGGACGGGGGAGACCCGGGAAAUAUGUCUCGUAGCGAGAGGUGGAUCUCACGGUUAAAAUCGACUCUGGGCACUUCUGGGAACAUUCAGCCACCCAAAUCUCCUGGGCCCCUUGAACAGCCAUCCCAGUCAACCAGUGCCUCACCUGUUCCGGGCAGGCCUUAUCGCCUCCCGGAUACUCUGGAUGAAGAGGAGGGAAGCGAUGCUGACGUCGAAGCGAGUGCCGACGAAGAUAACGAAAGGGAGGUACCAAAGGGCAAGAGAAAGCGUAUGCGACGCCGUCUAAAGCACCUAGAAAUGUUUACCGCUCCGAGUUCCCCACGCCUCCCAGAUGAACUCGACCCUCCAGGCCCAAGCCGCUUAAAUACUAUGGUUAGGCGCUCAACCAUGCCCGAAGCUGCGGAGCAUCGUGGCGGCAUGUCCGAAGGGGAAGGCCGUGACCGUCUCGCUGGCCGAAGGCCUGCGUGGACACGCGGAAGCUCCUGGAUCGGGUCUCAAAGGACUGGCACUGAAGACGCUGAGAGCCCACAUGCACAACCUCGCACCCCUGGUCACCGGCGCCGCAUCUCCGAGAUGUUUGGCGCGGGUGGGGCAUCUGACGGGGAGUGGAUAACAACGCCGAGGCGGCCUUUCCUGAGCGCCGAUCGAGCCGCAACCUUUGGUGCCCAGAGGUGGAAGCAGGUAAAGCAAACCCUGAGAAUGUUAGGUAAGAGGAGGACGGAUCAAUUCGACUUUUACAAAUCAGCUGAACUCAUGGCUGAGCUACGGGCUGUGACGCCUGCAGUUGUCAUUCUCGCAAGUAUGUUGCAGAGGGACGAACAUGGGAAUAAGCGUAUACCUGUUCUCUUAGAGCAACUGAAUCUACGAGUCAUCGACAGUCGCCCGGAAGAUAGCACGAGUGAAAGACAUACCAUAUUUACAAUUGCUUUAGAAUAUGGCAGCGGGCUGAGUCGAAUGAGGUGGACUGUCACCCGUAGUGUAAGAGAGAUAUGGAAUAUUCAUUGGAAGUACAGGUUAUCUCUGAAGAACGACAUUUCUCUUCAGGCUACGGCAAACCAACGUCACCGCCCGAAGCAGCCGCGUUUUCCAAGAAAAGCAUUUCCAUAUCUCCGGACCUACCACAAACUGGAGGAGUCUGAUGAAGAAGAGAAGCCGCCUGGAACAAGGGCAGAUGACACAGUUGCCGAACUUACUGCAGGUGAAAUAACUGCAGCUGAAGGUACGGCUGCUGAAGGCACAGCUAGUGAGAAUGAUAGACGGCCGAAUCCCCAUAGGAAGAAAUCUCGCAUGAACACAUUCUUGCCACGCCGACAGUCAUCAGGAUUGGGAGAAAAUAACGAGACCUCCCUGGCGGGUGUGCAGAACUCGGCCGCUUUGAAGAAGAAGUAUAUUGAGAGGCAGAGAAAAACGCUGGAGAAGUAUUUGCAGGAGAUGGUCCACUGGCUCAUGUUCCGUGCUGAUAGUAAUCGCCUCUGCAAAUUCUUGGAGCUCUCUGCCCUCGGCGUUCGGCUAGCUGCCGAAGGCAGCUUUCACGGCAAGGAAUGCUACUUACAUAUACAAUCUACUAAAGGCAUCGACUUCCGACGAGUGCUCAGUCCUCAGAAAGUCAUAGCACGACACACUCGUAAAUGGUUUCUGGUCCGACAGAAUUAUAUUGCUGUCGUCGAGUCGCCGGCGACCAUGAACAUUUAUGAUGUCUACCUUGUAGACCCGCACUUCCGUGUCGUAUCUAAGAAGAAUAAGCUGAAACGGUUUGGCGCCAAACUGAAAGUUGAGACAGAGAAGCGGGGGGAAAAUGACGAUGGCCAGCUUACAGAUGAGGAAUCUCACGGCAAGCACCACACCCUCAAAUUUUAUUCCGUGGACCGAAAGAUCAAGCUGUUCUCUCGCAACCAGACAGUAUUGCGCCAGUUCGAAGAGUCUGUUGUUGAUAUGCUGAAGCAAACUCAGUGGCAUGAGCGACACAGAUUUGACAGCUUCGCACCUGUACGUCAAUCAUCAUUUGCCCAAUGGCUGGUUGAUGGACGAGACUACAUGUGGAAUGUUUCUCGUGCUAUAAGCAUGGCGCAGGAUGUGAUUUAUAUUCACGAUUGGUGGCUGAGUCCUGAGCUUUAUAUGCGGCGACCAGCGUGUAUCAGCCAAAAAUGGCGUUUAGAUCGAUUGCUCCAGAAGAAAGCCAGAGAGGGUGUCAAGGUUUUCAUUAUCAUCUACAGGAACGUAGAGCAGGCCAUACCGAUAGACUCCGAGUACACAAAAUUCUCGCUCCUUAACCUACACGACAACAUCUUGGUCCUCAGAUCGCCGAAUCAGCUCAAGAAAAACCAAUUCUUCUACGCCCAUCAUGAGAAAGUCUGCAUUGUAGACCACGAUGUUGCCUUUCUUGGUGGGAUCGAUCUCUGCUUUGGUCGGUGGGAUAACCCACAGCACCCCAUCACGGACGAUCGACCAACAGGCAUGGAGCCAGAUGGCGAUAGGCCUCGAGAUGCAGAGCACUGUCAGCUCUUCCCCGGCAAGGAUUACUCAAAUCCUCGCGUCCUGGACUUUUUCAAACUCAACGAGCCUUACGAAGAGAUGUACGACAGAAGUAAGGUUCCUAGGAUGCCGUGGCAUGAUAUUGCGAUGCAAGUCGUUGGCCAACCAGCGCGUGAUCUUACUCGCCACUUUGUACAGCGAUGGAAUUAUCUACGACGUGAACGUAAACCUACUCGGCCAACUCCUUUCUUACUCCCCCCACCGGAUGCCACCCCCGCUGACCUCGAAGCUCUGGGGUUGUCCGGAACUUGCGAAGUACAAAUCUUACGUUCGGCUGGUGAUUGGUCUUUGGGCUAUCCAAAGGAAUUAAGAGAGCAUAGUAUCCAAUCCGCAUACGUGAAACUUAUUGAAGAAUCUGAUCACUUUGUUUAUAUGGAGAAUCAAUUCUUCAUUACAAGCACUGAGACAAUGAACACACGAGUAGUCAAUCGUAUUGGUGAUGCUCUCGUGGAACGCAUCAUCAGGGCACACGAGAAAGACGAGGAUUGGCGGUGCUGCAUUCUGAUCCCCCUUAUGCCAGGUUUCCAGAAUACGGUGGACCAGGCUGAGGGAAGUAGUGUGCGUUUGAUCAUGCAAUUCCAAUACCGAAGCAUCUGCCGGGGACCGAACUCAAUCUUCGGACGUUUGCAAGCAGUGGGAAUAGAACCCGAAGAUUAUAUCUCGUUCUUUAGUUUGAGGCAAUGGGGCCGCAUCGGGACUCACAACCAGAUUGUCACAGAGCAGUUGUAUAUUCACGCUAAGACUAUCAUUGUGGAUGACCGCGUUGCUUUGAUAGGAUCGGCUAAUAUCAACGAACGUUCGAUGUUGGGAAAUCGGGACUCCGAAGUCGCUGCCAUUGUUCGAGACUCCGACAUGAUGUGGUCGACAAUGGCGGGCAAGGCAUACCGGGUUGGCCGAUUUGCUCACACCCUCCGCAUGCGGCUGAUGAGGGAGCAUCUCGGGUUAGAUGUAGACCAGAUCACAGAGGAAGAGAGGCAGGCGGAGCAGACCGCUGAUAUCCGCUUUGAGGCCGACAUGACCGACAUCUAUGCUUCAGGUGAUGAAAGCCCGACCGGAGAGACAUCCCGGCGUGCAAAACGGAGGACUUUCCUCCAUGGAGUUAGUUAUAAUCAUGACAUCGAUCUCACAGCAGAAGAGGAACAAGUCGAGAACCAUGGGACUUCGUCUUCGUCGGCUUCCGUCUCUUCUAAUUCAAGAGCUCCAUCACCAGAGCGUGACCCACGAGUCCUGGGUAAUGAAGACCAUAACCGAGACGUCGAAGGCUAUGGCCCAGAUAAUUGGAAAGCAGCACAAGCUAAAGGGGCAGAUCUCGGAAGCGACUCCGUCGUCAUGAAUGGGCGCGAAGUUCUUCUGCAUAGAGAUAGAGUUGGUCGUUCCGAUAGCCGUAGAGAGGAUGCUAAGGCGGGCGGGCCACAUCGGGAGUCGUCUUCCAAGCGAUCAUCGCAGCGUGACGGUGGCAAAGGAAAUGACGAACUGCCUCCACCCCAAGCGAAUUCAGCAGCUAGAUCCCAGCUGCCAUAUCCUGUACAGCUUCCAUCCUUACCGGUACAGGAUGACACUGAUAUAGGUGGUCCUCCAAUGCGCCUAGACGAGUCUGGAAAACCUACAAACGAGCCCCUGAACCCCUUAGUAUCGGAUAUUAUACCUGCUAGAAUUGACAAUGAUUGUAUGCGAGAUCCUGUCAUUCCUGCUUUCUGGGAUGACGUAUGGAUGAGGGUGGCAUGUAACAACACGAAGCUUUACCGACGGGUGUUUCGAUGUAUGCCUGACAAUGAGGUCACUACGUGGAAAGAAUAUAAUGAGUUCGAGGACUAUGCACGCCGAUUUAAGGACAGUAUGGUAGGUCCGAAGAAUGAAGAGUCGGAAACUACACAGGAAGCCCCAAUGUCCGAGCAGCUCCAAACGGAUCAGCACACGGAACGAAAUCCAAAGGUGGUAGUAUCUAAUGGAACUGAGAACAAGCUGAACGAAAAGGCGUCAUUGUUUGAGAAUAGCCAAACUCCAGAAAAGGGGGAACCAGAUCUAGGCAUCGACACGGAGAGGGUCCGUACGAAGAAUUCGGUUGAGCAACCUUCGCCUGUACAACCUGCCGGAGAUAUCCCUUUCCCAUCAUAUGAUGGCCAGGUUGAUGCUGCGCAUCUUGAUCCUCAGAGCGAGAAGCGGGACCGUAGAGCGACGUUCUCCUCGUGCGAAAAGUCGGCGCCAGAAUCUGGCAGCAACACCAAUCCAUACAACCACAAUUCAACAAGACGUCGGCGAAGAUCUAACACCAAGAGCAGCCAGCGUAAACCCGUAUUCCCGUUCGAGCUUAUCGGCCGUGACGAAGCCGAGGAAUUGUGUGGAAUGAUGCAAGGCACACUAGUUCAAUUCCCCUACAAUUGGCUCGAGGCUGAGGAAAAGGACAACCACUGGCUGUACCAGGCUGACCUCCUGGCGCCCAAGGAAAUCUAUGACUAAACCUGCGUACCUUUCUCACCUGAUACAUAUAUACAUAUAUAUAUAUAUAUACAUAUGCCUAUAUACCUCGUAUGCUAGCGAAGGCUACUACCACUUUUACAACACCAUAAAUUCUAUCGGAGUACCGGCAAUCGCAUAAAACAUAACGGAGGCAGGCCAAGGAAUCAUCACCGUCUCUUUUUCGUUUGGGUAUUCCAUAUGCGAUCUUUAUUCUUCUUGUAUUAGACUAGGUGGGAAAUACGCAUGUUUGUAUCACAUGCAUCAUCUCUUUUUCUUAUCGAGUAAAGUCGAGCCGAGCUGAGCUGAGUCAGUGGUGGUAUUCGUAUUUGGUAUUCGUAUUUUUAUAUACACACAUAAAUAGGUAACUAAUCAACCGGCGUUAUAGCGGUUAGUUAGAUGGUUGAACCAAAAUGGGCCCAUCCAUGUGCUCAGUUAGUGCCUGGGUAUAGCAUACAUAGGUAGAAUAAAUUGAUCUGUUGGCGUGCUGUACGAGACUACCUACCUAGUAGUUAUGAAAGGAGAAGAUUCAGGUUUCUA